AUGUUGGCCAAUUGGCUUCUACAUGUCACAAAUAAUGAAAAUUUUGAAUAUCAGGAAAAUGUUCUUACGGCAAUUUUGCCACAAAUUAGUCCAUUUUUUAAUGCAAAAAAUAAAUCUACAAUAGUAUCACAACCAGACAUAUCUAAUACACUCGAUAAAUCUCUAUAUUCUAAUCACAGUGCUCCAAGUUAUUUUAUAUUAAAAACAGUAAUAAAAUUAAACCAAAUUCCUAUCGAAUUUCAAGAAGAGGAAUUGAAUGAGCUAAAAUAUAAAGAAAUUGGCCAGAAAAUGGGACAAAAUCUAUGGCAAUCAUAUAAAUGUCUUAAAAAAAAUAUAAAUAACUUACAAACUCCAAAAAGUCUUAAUGAUUAUAUUAGUGUAUUUCCCGGAUCUUUAACGAAUUUUUUUGAGUCCAUGCUUACAACAAUAUUGGAAAGAAAGACCGCAGAAUCCAACCUAAAAUGA